AUGGAGACGACGACUUCUGUCUAUGAUCAUGCCACGUAUCUGUUUCCCAAUGCAGAUGAGUUUUCAAGAGUGAAGUUCUAUCAGUUGAUGCUCAACCUGGAAAAAAUCGCUCGACCUUGUCUCCAGUUUCAGUAUUAUUUGUCGAUAUUUGGCAUAGUUUUAACUUUAUCCCAUCUUUUGAUUCUUACGAGAAAAGUUAUGUUGAUGUCUUCAAUUAUCACAAUUAUGAUUGGAAUUGGGGUAUGUGAUUUGAUUGCAAUGGUUGCAACGCUCCAGUCUGUUGGAAUGUUUUUCGAUGAAGAAGGAACAGAUUGUUGUACAGCCAUUUCUCUCACUUCGAAAUACACUAUUUAUACCCAAAAACGAUCUGAUCUUUACACAGCCAACAAUGAGUUUUUCGGAAAGACAUACAUGUUUGUCAAUGGAGUUGUUUCAAAGCUAAUACCAUGUGUUUUUCUUCCUAUUCUCACUUUUAUUCUGGUGUUGGAACUACGCAGAGCAGAAGCGAUCCGAAAGACUUCUAACUUUACGAAACGGAUAAGCUCUGAAAAGACAACAGGACUUGUUAUUUUCAUGGCUGUCUUGUUUUUCAUUGUUGAACUUCCUAUCGGAAUCUCAUGGGUUUUCCAAGUCUCAUACACUGACAUUGGAUUUCUGUGA